GCUCCUCCUCUCGCACUCCAGCUUCUAUUCAAGUUGCCCCAGUCCUCCCACACCCUCUCCCUCUAGUACAGUCUGCUUCUGUGGCAGACACUCUGUCGCGAUGCAGGCAAUUCGACGUCCUCUGAGCGCCGCCCUCCGCAAGGCCAGCCGGCAAAGCUAUUCCACCUCGUCUUCCCCGUAUGCCGCAACGGUGAAGAACCUCCGCAUCAACGGCGACACCAAGGUCCUAUACCAGGGCUUCACCGGCCGGCAGGGAACGUUCCACGCCCAGCAGGCAAUUGAAUAUGGCACAAACGUUGUAGGAGGCACAAAUCCAAAGAAGGCUGGUCAGGAGCACUUGGGCAAGCCCGUCUUUGCUUCUGUUGCCGAGGCCAUCAAGGAGACUGGGGCUACCGCGUCCGCUAUCUUUGUCCCACCACCUCUCGCUGCGGCUUCGAUAGAGGAAGCUAUCGCAGCGGAAAUACCCUUGGUUGUAACUAUCACCGAGGGUAUCCCACAACAUGACAUGGUCCGCAUUACCGACAUCCUCAAGUCGCAAGGCAAGACGAGGAUGGUGGGUCCCAAUUGCCCCGGCAUAAUUGCUCCUGGACAAUGCAAGAUCGGGAUCAUGCCCGGUUUCAUCCAUAAGCGCGGCCGCGUUGGUAUCGUCUCCCGAUCCGGAACCCUCACCUACGAAGCCGUCAACCAGACCACACAAGCCGGCCUCGGACAAUCUCUCGUCGUUGGUAUUGGAGGUGACCCCUUCUCCGGCACCAACUUCAUCGAUUGCUUGAAGGUCUUCUUGGAAGACGAGGAGACUGACGGUAUCAUUAUGAUUGGUGAGAUUGGAGGUUCGGCAGAGGAGGAUGCGGCAGACUUCCUGAAGCAGUACAACACUGCGAACAAGCCCGUUGUGAGCUUCAUUGCUGGUAUCUCAGCGCCUCCAGGCAGGCGGAUGGGUCACGCUGGCGCUAUUGUCAGCGGCGGGAAGGGAGACGCAAACUCGAAGAUUACCGCUCUCGAGGCCGCAGGCGUUGUUGUCGAGCGCAGCCCAGCGUCCCUCGGCAAGACUCUGUACGACCAGUUCGUGAAGCGGGACCUGAUAUAGCGCAUCUAGGUUAGGAGGGUUCAAAUCGGGUCUCGGCCAAACGUGGUCUGGUAUGCUUGUUUGCGCGUGCUGCAUGAUUUAUGGAAGAUUGUCAAGGGCGGUCGAGCGAGUUGGUGGGUGGACCAUGCAUUUAUGUCGACGUUGGUUCCGUCACUGUACAUUUAGUCCUUUAGAGCAACUUGCGGCC